AUGCAUUAUCCUCCACCUGAGAGCCCCAGACCUCGGGGAAUAACUAAACCCCGCACUCUGACUCCGCUCGCCAAUCAACAGAGCGCAACAUCUCCGCCUCCGCUCCUGGCAGAAAGCAUCCGGUCCUUCUUACCUGGUUGGACAUGUACGACUCAUGUGUUCCAAGCUGCAGCACCUCGGGAAAGUAUGCAACCAGGUCCAGGCAGUCAAAUAGUUGUAUCAUCUGGAUUAAACGGAGUUGAGCGACAGGCCAUUGCUGACGCCAGGUUCGAGGAGAUCACAAAACUCAGAAAAGACAUCAGUUCAGGACGCAAAAAGCUCUCUAUGAAUGACGCUACUAUGUGGAGCGUUGCAAAUCGGUACGCGCCGGAAAGGUCUCGUACGGGCAACAGUAUAGGCGUGACCGUCGUGCUCUUUCAUGCAGGCGGGUUUCAUAAAGAAAUAUGGGAAACUACCUUGCGAUACCUGUUGUCAAUGCCUCAAGGUCGAGCAAAUGUGGAUGAAAUCUGGAGUCUCGACGCAGCGAAUCAUGGAGACAGUGCGCUUAUAAAUAAUAAGAGCCUAGGAGAAACAUUCGAAUGGUCUGACCAUGCACGAGACAUCCUCAACUUUCUCGGAAACUACCUCCCUGAUAGAACCCAAAACGGCGUACUCCAAUGGAACCUCGAACGAAUAUCCAACCAAAAUUCUCGGGAGCGCUUUGAACGCGGUUUCGAGGAUCGUAAAGUGCUCGGAAUCGGUCAUUCAUUUGGAGGAUGUGCACUUGCACGAGCCGCGCUUGACGGCCCCUCACUCUUUUCGUCAAUCAUCUUUGUAGACCCAGUGAUAUACCCUUUAUGCGCAGCUGGGGGAUCUAAGAUUAGGUUGGCACCCAUAGGUGCAUUGAUUCGACGUGAGCAAUGGCAAGAUCGUGAAUCAGCUCGUACGGGACUCCUCAAAUCACCGUUUUUUCAAGCAUGGCAUCCGGACGCAUUAGAAGACUACGUCCAAUACGGAACAGUCGAAGAUGAACAUGGUGUCAAACUGAAAUGUUCAGGAUAUCAGGAAGCAGUUACGUUUAAUGAAAUCGGACGAUUACCCUGCGAGGUUUGGGAAAUGCUUCCGAUGCUGGAUCAACGCAUACCAUUGAAGUGGAUCAUGGACUCGACCAAUGGUGACGUGUCCGGCGGACGGGAAUCUGCACAACAUGUUGUUUGGCUCCGGGCUUCUAACUCUACCAACAUACAAAUUAAAGGCGCAGGUCACAUGAGCGCAAUUCCUCCUCCACUCCUAACAAAAAACAUCUGGUCCUUCUUACCUGGUUGGACGUGCACAACUCAUGUGUUCCAAACUGCAGCGUCUGGGGAAAUUAUUCCACCAAGUGAAAGUAGCCGAACCAUUGUACAAUCUGGACUGGGGAAAGUCAAGCAACAGGCCAUUACCGAUGCCAAGUUCAAGGAGAUUGCACAACUCAGAAAAGACAUCAAUUAA